UUAUUCUUUUAAAUAAAAUAGUGGAGACCAACUCCCCCCCACGCCCUCUAAGGCACAUAGUGCCAGUGACAGAGCCAGGGACUGCAGAAGGCUAAGGGGCAGGUUAUUUUAGAGUCAUUUUGUUGCAGAUUUAGGCUGUGUUUAUUUCAUUGGAUUUAGAGUGUUUACAAGACUCCCAGUUUAAGAGGAUUCUUUUCUGUCAGUGUAACCAAGUAUACUUUCUCUUUACCUUUUUGUUUUAUUAUUAUUAUUUGGGGGUGGGGACGGGAGAGGUUGUGUGUCCUCCAGUAUUUGUUUUUUCUUUUUUUCUUGCAGGACCUGAAAUUUACCCCCUUUGUGCUUCCUCCUUCUUUUACCACCCAAUUUCCAAAGGGUGUUUUCCCUUCCUUGGUCUCCUUUUCUGCCCGAAGCAAUGCCUUUCAAAGACUUCUCAGUCCCAUCCUCACUGCCAGUGCUGUGAUUAACCCAGACUCCUUAGGUUACUUUGUACUUCAGGUUGAUGUUCUUUCCAGCAAUGGCUUCAGAUCAAUCUGAAACUCCAUCAUCUCUCCCCUCUUCUCUUUUCCACCCUGUUUGCCCAGGGCUUGUGGCCAAAGCAUGACAUCCAGCUCUGUUGGGAUUUGGUAUUAACUAACUGUUGUUUACUUACAGGUGAUCUGAAGGUUGUAUAAUUCUCUAUAUUCUAGUUAUAGUGAUGUGUGGGUUUUGUGUAGUUUUACUUAUUCUUCUUGCUGAUCUGUAGUGUUUUGUGGGUAGUUCAUUGCGUUAAUCUAGGCCACUUCUUUCUAGACGGUAAUUGGGCACAACUACAAAAUAAGUGUUUUCUGCAGGACUGUCGUCAUCCUAGAGAUAUAGAAGGAUCUGAGGGAGAGAAAGCUGGUGCAUUCUUGGCAUGUGUGAAAACCACUCAAAGACUAAUUUAUCAAGGGCGUAGAUUUAUCUAGGACAUGAAUAAACUUUCAGGUCAAAAAAAAAAAACAAAAAACAGAUCCAAGCAUUUAAUUUGAAGAGUUUAAUAGCAUUCAAGUUUGUUUUUAUUCUGAGCGUCAGGGGAUGUAAAAUAAAAGUAUCCUAUUAAGCAUUGCCUAUUAUUAUUAAAAUGCUUUAAAAUUAGGCAUUCACCCAGAAUCUUAUAAGUAGUAACAAUUUUAUCACACUGUUCCUACACCUGACAGAUGAAGGACCCAGACUCGGGGAGACUCACUCACAUGCUCUCCUGGUUACAGAGUUGAUUUCAGUGGAGCCAGGAGUGAAACAUAAGUCCCCUGAUUGAGGGGACAGUGCCAUCUCCACCACCAGCCGUGUUGAGUCAUACAAGUUGUCACGCAUUGGAUCUUCUUUCCAAUUGUUUGUCGUUCGAUCACUUUCAUAACCUAAGGCCACUCCUUAAUGCCAAAUUGCUAGGGGGAAAUGCUUUUUGGCGUUAUAUUUUUCAUUGAUUUGCUCGUUAAAAACAAUGUAAGCUGCUCGUCCAGAGAAGUAGGCAACAUUUUCUCCACUAAUGAUUCACCCUCGUCUCUCUUUUCACAGAGGACAGUUAUGGGAUGGAUGGGAAGGUUAAUGUGCCCAGUCUCACUGCAGACAUCAACCGGCAAGGCCUGGAGGAGCUCUACAGUGUGAACGAAAGCAUCUAUGAGUACAGACAGAACUACAGACUUAGUCUGGUUGACUGGACUAAUUACUUGAAGGAUGUAGAUAGAGUAUUUGCACUGCUGAACAGUCACGAUGAGCAAAAUAAAACGAGUAAGACUAAGCCUGCUCAAAGUGAUGGGUUCUUGCUUAUCUCUGCUGAGCUCCCCGGGCCAGCGGAGAUGGCUUCUGCUGAGUCAGAUGAAGACCCGCGUCGUGUGGUUGGAGCAGCACCUCAUUUGACCUUGCCGGCCGACCUUCGAACCCUGCCUCUGAACCGACGACCAACACUAAGUCCAGAGAGUAAACUUGAAUGGAAUAAUGACAUUCCGGAAGUGAAUCGUUUGAAUUCUGAACACUGGAGAAAUGGUGGAACUGAAAAAUGGCUGGGGCACGGAGAGAGCAAUCGCGUUGACACCGAUCUCAGUGGCAACGGCAUGACGGAGCUGGUGCUCGAGCCCAGCCCCAGGCUGCAGGCCAUGCGCAGGCGUCAGAAAGAACUCCCCCGGGAUGGCGGAUUAGGAGAUGUUCUUGAAGACCAGCUGUACCUUCCCGUGCGUGCUGAUAGAACCUCUGUUCAUCAGAUGCUCAGCAUGUCCACGGCGGGGCAGGCUGUGGAUCCCGGCGCGGUGGAGAGGGUGCGGCCCCAAGUGGAGGGUCACAAGGAGAGCCUGCAGCAUCUAGAAGGCAGUGCCUCCUCCCCGCUCUCCUCUGAUUAGAUCACAUUGUUCCCUUACCCCAAACACAGUAUUUCUUUUUAACUUUUUUUUAUUUGUAAACUAAUCAAGGCAAUCAUAGCCACCAACAUCCCAAGCUACCCUGGGUACCUUUGUGCAGUAGACGUUAGCGUGCAGGUCAGCAAGCAGCGUGCUCACUGACCCUCAUUGUUGUUAUAAUUCAUUUGCCAAGAGUGGGAAGAAAGGCUGGGGAUUUUUUGGUUGCUUUUUUUUUUUUUUUUCUUUUUACUAAAACAGUAUUAUCUUUUGAGCAUUGUAAGGACGAGUAUAUAAAUGUUAUCCAAUCAAGAUGGAUAGAAUUGUGCCUUCCUAAGUUUCUAAAACGUGACUCACUCCAGUGAAUCUUUCAGCCCGCUUCCACGGCCUGCAUAAGGAAGUUUUGAUUCAUUUUUAACCACUGGAAUUUUUCAGUGCCAUCAGUCUUAGUUCAGUGAUUUUGCACUUUGAGAUUAGAAUGCCAGUCUAAUUGGUUAGUCUUAGUUUUUAUUUUUACAAGCUUAACAGUCCCACUGCUGCUGUCAGUGUAACAAAGUAAAAUAGACACCCCCCACCCACCCAAGGAUGACACACAGUAUGGAUCACAUAUUGUUUAACAUAUGCUUUUGCCAUGGAAUAUUGCAUGUGUUUUACCUCGACUUGCUAAAACUGAUUAGCAGAAAGACAUGGCCAAUGAUGUUGGUGGUAAAAAUAAAUAAAUAAGCAAAACAAAGAUUGCCUGCUUUCUCUGUGCCUAGCCUCAAGGUGUUCAUCAGAUGUUUUAGGAUUGCUAAAUUGUAGUUAUUUUCUUGACAGGAGAAAAAGAACUGAAGACCUUUAAGUUUCAUCUUUAUUUUGUUUUCUUGGCCUGGGUCAUAACCUUAAAUGUUGACAAAAAUAUAUUUAGUUUUGAAUUUACACAAGGAAUUUUUUUCAAUACAAUAAAAUCAUGAAUGUUCCAUAAUUUAAAUAUGCCAUAAGGGAGAUUAAUUUCUUAACAUUGUGUUAUAUGAUUAUUUUUAAGGCCUUCAUCAAUUUCUGGGGUUUUUUUUAAAGACAUAGUUCAAAAUUACUUUUGAAAAUGUAUUCUUGAAAAUAUCGUUGUUUUGUAUUAGGUUUCCAAAUACCAUCUAAAGGAUUACCUCACUGAGAGUCAUCAGGACCUAUUCAGCUUCCCAAGAAGGUUUUUUUGGUUUAGCUUAACAGUGGUUUUCUUUUUAUUUUUAGAUAAUUCAAUUGCUUAGAUAAAUUGUUUUCUUCAAGUGUUUAAGGCAAACUCUUUUAAAGAAAAUUUAAUAUGUUAGAGUUGAAUCUUUGGUAACUUUAAGUCUUUAUCAUAGACUCUGUACAUAUGUUAAAAUUAACUAGCUGCUUCUCAGAUAUGUGUGUCAUCGGUUGGGUGACAGAAUAAACAUAUUUAUGGUCAUGAAUGAUGUGCUUUGUAAAAAGAUUUCAAGUUAUUAGGAAGCAUACCGUGUUUUUUUAAUCUUGUAUAAUAUCCUGUGAUACUUUUAUAGAACAACUCUGGCUUCAGGAAAGUCUAGAAGCAAUAUUCUUGAAAUAAAAGGUGUUUAAACUUUA